AUGACAAUUACAUUUUAAAAUUUGAAUCGUGAACAACUGAAAGAAACAACUGAAAGAACCAAUUGAAAGAAGCUACAAAAUGAAGCUUAAAUUUUCUCUUUUUGUCCUCGCAUUAUUCUUGAUAGUAAUAUUGGACUAUGCAGAAUCGAAAAAUCAAAGUGGCAAUUACGAGGACAAUGCGUUGGACAAUUAUGGUGGCAGCAACAAAAGGCUAUAUGAUUUCAAUGGAAAUAGCAAGAACAAGGAGAAAAAGGGCAGCAAAAACAAACGACAAAAGAUAAACAAAAGAGGAAGAAAAGGUGAAAACAGAUAUCCUGGCUAUGGUCAAUUCAUCGGUGAAAGCAGCUCUCCCAACAAUUUUGUAAUGAAUAGAAAAAAUGCAAAGAAUCGGAAGAAUAGCCAAUAUCGGGGAUACGGAGAGAACAAUCGGAGCUAUCAGAAUUGGAUGAGUAACGACGGAAAUCAAAGAGAUGAUUACAGCCAGGGAAAGGGGCGCAACAGAAACACCAUUGAAAAUAUGACGGUUGAUGAACUUGAUCAACGCAUUAAGAAAAAGGUUAAAAAACAUUUGCAAAAAUGGAACGAUAAAAAUCAAAAUGAUGAUUAAUUCUGUCAAGUGAAAACAAUCUUUAAAAUCUUCAAUUCACUUUUAUAAAUAAAUUUCGAAUGAUUAUUAAAAAAUCUAUAA